AACAAGACAACAAUAGCUAAGACACCAUCCUACAACCUCGUUUCUUCUUAGUCAGUUCCUCAUGCUUCGCUUACUUUAUGUCUCUCUCUCUUUAUCUUCUCUUUCUUUUCAAUCACUCAAAUCGUGUUUCUCGUCUCGCCAUGCUCGUUUUCUUGAAACCCAAACCCUACCCUUUUAUCUCUCGCCAUUUCUGUGACCCUUUCUGUUCCUCUGAAGCUUCGAGAUUUCCCUCGUUCUGCCGUUUGUUUUCCUUCAACAACUCUACGCGUUUCAUCUUUUGAUCGCUUUUCUUGUUCUUUUGCCCAUAAAUUGAGCAUCUUUUGCGUACCCACACACAGUUAAUAACGAAUUUUGUUUGCAUAUGUCAUAGGGUAUUGCACCUGGUCAUUUUAUGGCGUUUUUCUUCGACACCUUACGUGUGGCGUUCUUGUGGUCAUAUGCAUAAACUGGAGUUCCAGAAUUUGUGCUUAGAUAUUAAUUUAGAGAGAUUAGUUUUUGGGAUCCACAUGCAAAGUUGCAGUCUUCCAGGUGAGUGAUGUCUCAGCACCAAAAUCAAAACCAAAACCUACCUAUGGUUCCGCAAUCUGGAGCUGGUGUUAAACCCUUCUCGAUAAGACAGUAUGUUCUUGCUUCUCGUCACAGAAACAUCUCUCAAAACUGGCCUUUUGAAGAGAAGCACUUGCAAUUGUGUCUUGAAAAUGGUCUCAAGGUGGAAGAGCUGUUGCCACCAAUUGAACCAGGCAAAACAUCACAUGAAAAAUCACUCAAAGAUUGCUCCAAAAUGCCCUCGCCAAAUGAUGAUAACACCAAAGAAACUGAUUCUUGCAAUGCUGAAGUGCUGCAAGACAUUGAUGAUCAGUGUAACUUGAAAGUCAUGAACCACUUGAUAUCACAUGAAGAGGGAAAUCACUCAAAUCAUAAUAAUAAACGCAGAAGGCGUAAAGGGAAAUGUAAGAAACGUUGGAUGGUGGAUAUUUUAGCCGUGGCACGGCACAGUACUUCAGAGGAGAUUGAUGAGAUGAACAAGUUUUGUCAUGCUGAAACUUUGACUGAAGGAUGUCAGCAAGAAGUGCCUUGUCAAAAUAAUUCCAUGGCCGAUGCAGUGGAUGAGGAUUCAUGCAGAAAAGUUGGAAGUGAAGAUCGUGUCAUGUAGUGCAGAUAUAACUUUCAUAUAACAUCAAAGGUUCAUCGCAGAUGCAAUGUAAUUAGGAAUGGAACAUAAACACUGCAUCACUGUUAUUUCUUUUAAUAUUGCAGAAAAUUACUGAGACAAAUAUGUUAGCUUGGUCAUGGACUUGCAUUUUAUGAUAAUCUGUUUGGAUA